UGCGCAGGCGCAGUGAGUCUCUUAGCCGCCAUUUUAGAAAUGGCGGCUCCGCUGGGAGGCAUGUUCUCCGGGCAGCCACCCGGACCCCCGCCACCCCCGCCGGGGCUCUUGGCCCAGGCUUCCCUUCUUCAGGCCACACCAGGCGUUCCGAGAACUUCUAACAGUACCUUGGUGGACGAGUUGGAGUCAUCGUUCGAGGCUUGUUUUGCUUCUCUGGUGAGUCAGGAUUAUGUCAAUGGUACAGAUCAGGAAGAAAUUCGAACUGGUGUUGAUCAGUGUAUCCAGAAAUUUCUAGAUAUUGCGAGACAGACAGAAUGUUUUUUCUUACAAAAAAGAUUGCAGUUGUCUGUGCAGAAACCAGAGCAAGUUAUCAAAGAGGAUGUCUCAGAACUGAGGAACGAAUUACAGCGAAAGGACGCUCUGGUCCAGAAGCACUUAACAAAACUGAGACAUUGGCAGCAGGUGCUGGAGGACAUCAACAUGCAGCACAAAAAGCCAGCCGACAUCCCUCAGGGUUCCCUGGCCUACCUCGAGCAGGCGUCUGCAAAUAUCCCUGCACCGAUGAAGCAGACCUGAGGAAAAGCCACCUGAACGUGAGCUGGUGGCUGAGUCAGCCCAGACACAGUUCUGUCAAACAUCACUUCUUGUAGACAUGACAUUUUGGGAGAACUCUUUGCCAGAGAGUGAGAUGAUUUUAGUUUUGUGCUCUCAUCUAAAAAUUUCCCCCUAUUUUUAUAAGCGUUAUUUCUGGAGUACUUUAUAAAAUGCUUAUUGCUUUGGUAAACCAAGUAUAUUGUCUUUAGCAAAAUUUAAGACUGUUAAUAUGGUGCCGUUUACAGAUUCCUUUUUAUGUUUUUUGCUGCUUGUUUUUAUUAUUUUUAUUUUUGUAUGAGUGUUUAUCUCUGUUUCCAGUUUUAGAUUAUUUUGUAUGAUCUGAGGGGAAAAGCUUGUAUGAUCUGAUCUGCAUAUCAAAGGAUGAGGAUUUUGGUUGUAGGCCUUUUAUGAUAAUUUACCCAUCAGUGGCAGUAUAUAAAAAUAUUAAAUUUGCUGUUUUUCGAGACUGAACUACCUAAAGAAGAGGAGUCUAAUGUAACGAUGUAACACUUCCAGAACCUCAGAAUGAGGAUAUUUUGUAAAUAGGUUGGAAGAGGAUUAUAAUAUCGUAGGUUAGUGUAGUAACUGUUACUGCAGUAACAUAGUGCUAUAGGAAUCCAGCAGUAUCCUUAAGUUAAUGUUGACUUUUAUUUGGGGUAAGUUUAUAUUUUGUGUAGUGUUCAUUUACUUUUGGGGGAGGGUAGGAGCAGUGAUAUGCUAGUGAUAUUCAUUUCUGCAAUAAUCAGUUUAAGUAACAGAACGGACCCUGCUCUCAAUAGGGGCAUAGGUGAAGUGUGAGGGUUAAAGAUUGCUGUGAUUAUCUCUGAGUUUUGAGUUUUGUUUGUUUGUUCUGCUAUUUGGAGCAGAUUUUUCCAUUAAUGAAUUUCUUGCUAAUGGGUGGUGUUGAUUCCAAGGGACUGGGGCCUCGAGGUGGGAGGUUGGCUGCAGGGUGCAUGGGAGACUCAGUGUUUGGGAAGAUACUUUACCCUCUGUCGGUCACACAGGCCACCUCAGCUUCUCUGUUGAACUGCUGUUGAGAAGUACAAACCGGCAUCGUGCCUGGUCUGCUGUUGAGUAAUACAGACCAGCAUUGUGCCUGGUCUCCUUGGAGGAGGCUUUCCUCUCUCUGUUGUUCACAUUCCCUCAUUAGAUUACAGCCCUUCUCCCUCACCCAGUGCUGCACUGUCUCUUGAGCAGGCAGCAAUUCUGUGACUCGGUGUCUUGGCUCGCUUUCCCUCCAGUCUUGAAGGCCCCGCCCCACCUACCUUGACAUCCACUCAAGUUCCCGUCUGACCUGGAUGGCACCUGGUCUCUGCAGCCUCCAAAGGCCCUCUCCGUCGUAUCCACAGGACACAGGACUUCUUGUCUCUUCUGCCAGCCUUGCUUGGUUCUCCCUCUGCAGUUAGUGAUCUGUCUCUUUGUUCCUCAUGAGAAGUAGGCAUUAUUCUCCUCUGAAUAUACAGGGACCACUUAUUAUCUUUUAUACAUAAUAACUUAGUACUUAUUUUUGUUUGUGUGUGUUUGUGUAUGGUACACAGCCGGAGGCCAAUGAAUUUCCUCAUUCGGAGUAUAUAGUUAAACAAAGCUUUUAAAAGUUGUUUUCAAUCACAUUAUCUGAUUUCAAGGUUGUUAACCUGGUCAUCUCGUGCCAAUUAGAAGCUCUUGACUGGCAGCUGUAGAUUUCUUGAUUAAAAACCUAACUAAAUUGAUUACAUUUUAGGCAUUCUUUCAGUAAUGAAGAGGUGCUUAGUGAAAAGUUCAGGAACUAUUCUAUUUGGUGCUUAGUAAAAAUAUUUUGAAUUAAUGUGUGUACCAGUUACUGUCAUUUCUUUACUAAAUUCAAAAGUUUUCUGGCACAUAAACAUUUCACUUUUUUCUGUUUGUAAAUAUCUUUUUCCUUUUUAGUGACAUCUUGCUGGUUGACAAACAGAAAAUCCUCUGGGAUGCCCUCUCCUUCAAGGAGAAAGUAAUGAGCCAUCAGCUGGACUUUCCCUCACCUUCCCUCUGGGGAUGACAGACCAACCCGCAUCUUCAGGGCAUCUUUAUUCCCUUCGUGGUCCAUCUGCUGAAGCGCUUACCCUGUAUAAGAUGAACCUUUCCACAAAUGAUCUGGGUCCAGGCCCGUUGCCUUCUCUAGGGUUUAACCCCCUGGGGACUCUCUGCCCCCUGCAGCUCACGGAAUUCUUGGUCUUCCCUGCUGCGAUGCGAUGCCUGAGCGCUGCCCCAUUUCCCGGCCCCUCGUUCAGUCUCCAGCUCCUCCACGCUCCCCGCCCCCAGGCUGUGACGUGUGGCUCCACAGCUCCAGCUGUGCUUGUGAUGGCUCCCAGCUGCUUCACUGUGACACUUCAUCAUCUUCUUUAUUUGAACUCAUUCUCUUAUUCUCUUUAAUACAUCUCCCCUUCUUUUCUCUUUCCUCUUCUCCCCAACCUCUAAAUGUUGACGUUCCUGAGGGUUUGGUCCUGGGCCACUGGAGGCCACGAAGGAGCCCUGCUCAGUUAUCUCAAAGGCCAUGCUCUUUCCUGGGUGUGACCAAGCACAGUGGGGACACUGGAUCUGUGUCAUUUCUGCCCAACACAGACCCCUCUAAUGAGCAGUCCCUGCUCUGGAGCUCUUCAGCCUAGCCGAGGCUUUUUCUCCAAACUCUGCUGUUGUCUAAGCCUCUUCCCCAAAUCUUCCUUGGCUUUCUACACGGGUGUCAACUCUCCGUCAAAAUCUGAAGGCUCUUCCUGCCUCCUGCUUCUUCCCCUUUAUUCAACACAGGUGUUUCCCCUGAGAAGGGUGGAAACCUGCCCCUGACAAGGGAUGCCGACCCAGCACUGCUUGGCCAUGUUAUUCUCCUACGGGACAGAAGCAGUCUCGGGAUACCAGCCUCCUAGAUAAAGCUGCUCUGAGACCAUGGUAAAGCAAGACAAACCAAAACCACUUCACAACUUUGUCUAAGCACAGGAAAAAAAAACAAGGUCACUGUGCCACCCCCCAAAUACCAAAUAUUCUCCUGGCUAAAAAAUAAGUGACUGCUUUUUCUUUUUUUUUUUUUUUUAAACCAUUUACAGCUUUAUCUCUGGUCUGCCCUUCUU